AAUUGCUUAAACUGAAAUUUAAUUUAAAAAAAUAUGAUAUGAAAUUUGGAUGAUAAAUAACUAAUGGGAAAACAACAGAAUUAACGAUACUGAUUGGGCUCUAUACGUUUUGCCACGAAGCCUUAGCUGAGGAGCUCCUUGCAUGUAAUUUCCCGCCACGUAUCAUCGACGACGGGACGGCGGUGGUUUCUCGACGGGGAUGUUUAAGGAUCCUAUUGUUGUAGCUUAGCUCCUUGACCUUCAAACAAAAUGGAUUCCGGAAGUUUGUUCGCUUCUGCGGCCAUUAACAUAGGUUUGGCCUUCAUAGUUCUCUCUAUCUUUUCCGUCCUCAAGAAGCAGCCAUCAAAUGCCGCUAUUUAUUACGCUCGCCGGCUCUCUCUCCGCCACCGCAUUGCAUUUGAACCUUUCACUUUCCAUCGACUUCUCCCUUCCGUCGCUUGGAUUCCUCGGGCUUUUCGUGUCUCCGAAGAUGAAAUACUCUCUUCCGGUGGCCUUGAUGCCCUCGUUACCAUCAGACUCUUCAAGCUCAGCAUUAAUUUCUCUUUCGUGAGCUCUAUUAUUGGGUUGGUGGUACUUCUCCCCAUAAAUUACUUCAACCAGGAUAAGCCGUCCAGGAGCUACCAUUCUCUGGAUUCUUUGACAAUAUCCAAUGUCAGAGAAGGAUCUGACUGGCUUUGGGUACAUUUUUCAUAUUUAUGCUUCAUAUCAUUUUAUGGAAUAUACCUCUUGCAUAAGGAGUACAAGGGGAUAUUGAUUAGAAGAAUUCAACAACUUAAGAGCAUGAGACAACGGUCUGAUCAGUUUACUCUUCUAGUUCGUGAAGUUCCUUUAUGCAUUGAACACAAGGCGCAUGGGUGUAAUGUUGAGCACUUUUUCUCAAAGUAUCAUCCAUGUACUUAUCAUUCUUAUCAAAUAUUAUCUGAUGUAAAGGAGCUUGACCAUUUGUUGAAGCAGGCAAAGUCUAUCAUGGGAAAGAUUGAGGAAGGAAGAAAAAAGUUUGGUUUUCAGAAUGAUAAGAGAGAACCCUUGCUCUCAUAUACAUCUCAGCAAAAUGCAUUGAAGAUAGCUCUCCUUGAGGAAAAACUUCGGAAGUAUCAUGAUAUAAUUCAUAACUUGCAGGUCCAAACUGCAGCUAAGCAAAAGGAGCUUCCUGUAGCCUUUGUUACAUUCAAGUCCCGUUCGGGUGCUGCAAUGGCUUCUCAGUCACAACACUCCUUAAAUCCUCUUAUGUGGAUCACCGAGUUGGCUCCAGAACCAAGGGAUGUGUCAUGGAAGAAUUUGGCAAUCCCUGUUAGAUUUUUGCCCCUUCGUGAAUUUGGAGUUAUUGUUGGGGCAUUCCUUCUUACGAUUUUCUUUGCAUUUCCGGUCACUGCUGUUCAAGGAAUAGCCAAAUUUGAGAAAUUAAAGAAGUGGUUUCCACCAGCCAUGGCAAUAAACAAGAUACCAGGAUUAAGUUCCAUUGUGACGGGUUAUCUUCCCAGUGCAAUCCUAAAUGGAUUUAUAUAUGUGGUUCCUUUUGCAAUGCAUGCAAUGGCCAAACUAGCAGGCUGUGUUUCAAGGAGUAACGAGGAGAUAAAAGCUUGUAACAUGGUUUUUUAUUUUCUGGUGGGAAAUGUGUUCUUUUUGAGUUUGUUAUCAGGAUCCUUACUUGAUGAAAUUGAAGAAUAUCUUACACAUCCUAAAAACUUCCCCAGUCAUCUUGCAAGUGCUGUAUCUGCUCAAGCUGAUUUCUUUGUGACAUAUAUAUUGACAAGUGGCUUAUCAGGAUUUUCUUUAGAGAUUCUUCAACCUGGUUUACUAUCUUGGGAUCUUCUAAAAUCAUGUUUAUGUUGCAGUAGAAAGGAAAAUGACGCUUAUUUGUACUCUCUCCCACAUGCUAGAAUUAUCCCUUUUAUUUCUCUCUUCCUACUCAUUGGCAUGGUAUAUGCAGUUGUUGCACCGUUGCUGCUUCCAUUUCUCAUUGGCUACUUCUGCUUGGGCUAUGUUGUAUAUGUCAAUCAGGUUAAAGACGUUUAUGCAACCACUUAUGACACAUUUGGACUAUAUUGGCCACACAUUCAUCACUAUAUAAUCAUAGGGAUCCUUCUAAUGCAAGUUACCAUGAUUGGCCUUUUUGGACUGAAGUCCAAGCCAGCAGCUUCCAUUUUCACAAUUCCACUACUUCUGAUAACUUUAUACUUCAAUGAGCAUUGUAAGAGUCGAUUUCUUCCUACAUUUCACUGCUAUCCAAUACAGGAGGCUAUGGAAAAUGAUGAACUUGACGAAAAGAGUGACGAAUUGGAAGUUAACUAUGAAACAGCAGCCGAUGCUUAUUGCCUGCCCUGCCUGCAACCUCUGGACUUCUUACUGUCAACCUCCACACUGCCACGGAUGAGAAGGCUUUUAGUUAUUGGUGGCAUAUAUUCUUUAUUAACCUCACCAAAGUCGCAGUUCGAAAGGAAAAUAAACAAGGUUGAACAUUCUUCCUAAGCAGUAUAUCUAAGUUCAUGUUAAUAUGAAUGCAUAAUUAUUAGGAUCAUAAUGUUUGUACUGUAUCAAAAUUUUCUCAUUGAUUGUUAUAGACUCAUUAAUUUAACUAAAAUUGUCUCCUUUGAAAGUUAUAACAUGUUUGGAUUACUAUUUUUGACAAGUUACUUUCUCUUAGUUUCUUUUUAGUUUGUUGUCAUUGAUAGCUUGUUUUGCUUUAGCUUUUCUUUACUUUUUUGUAAUAUAUAAAAUCAUUUAUUCAGUUAUUUUAAGUCUAUAAUGAUCAUUACUUUCGCAAGACAAAAAAAAAAAAAAGUGCUUCUACAAUUGGCUCCCAAAUUGUGAUUAAAUUCCAGUUACAAGGGGCAAGUAAAAGCUGUCAUAAGCAAGUGUAAAUUGGAGAUGCGCAGGAUCUGUAGUGAAGGUAAUGUGAAUAUAUUUUGGACCAAAAUACACACUGGACUCAACAUAGUUUGUUCUAUUCCUACAUUGCAUGAUCAACCACGUCACCUUGAACAUAACAGUAGUACAUUGCAUGAGUAGUAUAGAGAGCUCACUCUCUCUUUUAUUUUCCCCCUAAACAAAUUAUUGUUUUCUUCAUAGAUCUUCUUGACUCUCAGCUUGAAGCCUUCUGAUCAUUUAUAAACUUCUAAAAUGAAACUACGAUAAAGCUUAAGGUUACUACAUGUGUUUUUAUUCCAUUGCAUUAUAAGAUUGAGCAUACUUUCAAGGAUGGCUGGGGAGCACUGGUGGACGAUAUGGUUUAGGAAAUGGCUUCUUGAUGAUUGGUUGACGAGGAAUUGUCUUGAAAAUGGGCUUCUUGUAGAAUGGUAUGUGGUCGGGAAGAAACUUGAAUUUCUCUUCUUUGGCUUCUUCUCCAUUUUUGGUGAUACCAGCUCCUGCAUAAUGAAAAUAUGGAAAUGCUCUUACAUACUGUUUCCUUACCUCUUGUAUUAGAAUUUUAUGUACAAAUUAACAGGUGUAGUAUGACAGAACAAAACUGCGAUGUCCUUCAAAAGAGGUCGUGCAAAACAAGCGUAACUUAACUCCCACAUGUUGAAAAUGACCCAAAAAGGAAGAAAAGGAACGAGUGAAGAUACCUUGAGCAGGCAGAAAGGCAUCUUCAUUUUCUUCUGCUGCAUAACAGAAGUUGAGAAGCAAAAACAAGGAGAGAAAGAUGGCCAUACAAAUGGAAAUAGUAGUCUUCAUUCCAAAAGUAGAGAGGUAAAAGAUGGGAGAGCCAAAUUCUGAAUUGGAAGUGCUUAUUGGUUCAGAAGGCUUAUUGUCCCAUUUUAUAGUGUGGCUAUGAAUGGACACAAAGUGUUUACUUUGAUAGCUACUUUGGAGGGUGUGAAUUUGAGUGCUAGACAGGUAGCUAAAAUUAUUCAUGAUUUUUUAACCUCUCAAAGGCCUUUAAAUUAAAGGUUUGUUUAAGAGUUGGUAA